GCAUUUUUAAUGUUCUGUAUGCAACAACUGGUGCUUCUUUUUCCUCAUUUCCCGCGAUUACUUGCUGCGUCGUCCUUGUCUGCGAUGCCGUGAUUCCGACGAGGGGAAGCACCACUUGGCCUCCCGCUGUGAAGGCUGCGGGCAACCGCUCCACGCGGCGGCAGACUCGCGGUGGUCUUAGUGAAUAGGCCCAACGGGAGACUAAAUUGACUCCGUAUAGGUUUGUGUUUUGUCCGGUUGAUCAUUCCCAAAUCGGUUCGCCUUCAAUUGGCUUUUGCCUACGGACCAAACUGAUCAGACGUCCCAAGUGUCAAACCCUAACCCUUCUCGCUCUCUUCCGCCUGAUAUAAGCGGUGAGGCAACCGACGAGAUCGAGGCGAUCCUGGACAUCGUCGGCGAGCUUGGCCCGGUGCGCAACUCGAACCUAAGGAAAACAUUUUCUUUUCUGAUCCCUUGCGCAGUGCAGCGACGCCCUGAGUUGUUGCAUAUGCAGCAGGCACAAAUAAUCAUCGACACAUGGAUGCAUGAAUCUUGAUGAUAUUGAUAUGGACCUCAGACCUUUCAAGUUGGAUAUUGAUGAGCUUGUGGAUGAGUUCAAUGAGGGUAACCAUACCACAUUGGCAGACAUGAAGAAGAUGUGGAUGGCUAAGAAAUUCUCUUAUAUUUAUGAGGCUAAACCUAUCUCUAACGAGGCCAUAUUUAUGCAGUCUCUUUAUUUGUAUUCUAUUAGCCAUAUGGUUUCUACAGGUGCACUGUCAACGAGAUUGGGUGGCUUCUAUUGCCUUUACUGCCUCUAUGAGACUCAACCAUAUAAACCUGCUUUCAAAAUUUAUUUAUCUCUUUGUGAGUUAAAGAGGCUGAAGGUUCUUGUUAUUGAUGCAAAAAAGAUUGGUAUUGCUAUUGUUCCUGCUCUUGUCAAAAAAAUGCUAGAUAAGAACAUGUUUCUAUUUGGCUUCGUUGAUAGAGUUGAUGGAUAUGAGAGCCAAAGGGUUGACGAGAUAAUGAAGCUAGAAAACAAGCGAAUUCAAAUAGCAUAUGAAAAAUUAUUGGGCAAUACUCUGAUAGAGGACUAUCUGCAUAUGGACCUUGGAAUGGAAUUGGAACUAAGCACACUCAAGAAAAUGUCAAAAGAAUAUGCUGAAGCAAAGGAAUUGGCUAUAUCAGAAGCUAUGGGUCCAGUGGAUAUGGAGGAUGUAAAACACAUUACAGAAGACAAGAAGCUGGUGGGAGACAUGGUAGAUGAUAUCGUGAAAGACUGGGAUGCUCAAAAGGAGACAUUUUGUACGCAGACUGGCAUUAGUAGCCGCAACGAUGCAGUGGCAGUUGAUGACUUCGACGAGUUGGAACACCUCUUGAACGAGUGAUUUGUGAGAGUAAAUGACCUCAAAAUGUUCAUCGAUGACGCCGGAGUUCAUGUGAGUAGCUCCCAGCUUCUUCAAGGUUGUCUCCCUCACUGCAACUUUGCCUGUUUUCCUCAGCUGAGCUGCUGAUUCACAUGCCUGCAACCAAGCGUCAGGAACACCAAGCUUGUUGGACAAGUGUUUGACAUUGUCAAGCUCAGAGCAAAGUCAAGCUACACUUGCAUACCAUGGUGAAGACUGCCAUGGCAUGAGCUUUGAGCUUUGGGUUCUUAUCGAGCGACACAUCGGCGUCGCGCAGAAACGAGAACAGCUGAGUUGCCGAAGGUGCGAUCUCGAAGAUCCUAUCAAGAACAGAAGUUUCAGCCGCAAUGCAUGUGGUUCUGCAAGAGAGUGUGUUGGCGUAAGAGACAAAGGAGAUACUUCAGGAAGAAGCUUAGGGCAGUGUCAGCUGCAUGCUGCUUCAUCACAUUCCACGAGUUCACCACAAGGGCCUCUUGCUCCUCACUGAAUGCAAUGGCUUGAGCCCCCUCAGAGUUCUCCAUCUCUGCUUCCUCGGAUGAGAGCUGCUUCUCUCUCUCUCUCUCUGCUGCAGGUGCUUCGAUAGGACAGCGAUUGGAACGCAUGAAUGGUUGAGAAGAAAUGGAGGAUGGGGUGGCCUUUGGAGGAUAAGAAGAGGCAAAGACUGGUCCCAAAUUGAUCCAGAAUAGCCAUAGUUGGCUCAAAACCAUACGUGGCUCUGUCCUCGAGAGACAAGGAUUUGAUAUUGUUUUGGUUUGUAUCCCAUGUAUCUGUUGCAAAUCCUUAUCAUACUUUUAGGGAAAACAUUUUUGUUUGCUUCUAUACAAAUUAUUUUAGAGAAAACAAAAACAACAAAAUAAAUACUUCCUUUUCAGUC